CUGAAAGAAGAAGAAGAAGAAAGAAAAAGGAGAGGCUGACAUAAAAAGGGACAGAAGAAUAAGAAGAGGUUGCGUCGCACGAGCAGAAACUUAGUGCGAGGUCUGCGUCGGAGGAGAGACUGUGUCGGAAUCGUCCCACCUGGAAAAAGCAUCAUGGGCCUCGCUAUCACCUUUGUGCCAGGAGCAGAGAAGCCACCUGCCAUAAAAUGGAAAGAAGAAGAGGAAAUAGAACUGCAAGAAGAGGAGGAGGAGGAGGAUGAAGAAGAAGUGGAAGAAGAAGGAGGAGGAGGAAAAAAAGAAGUAGUAAAAGAAAAAGAUGUUUCAUCUCCCAGAAGCUCAACUAACGUCAGUAUAGGGACAGUUGCCAGCAUUGUAGUAGGAUCAGCAGGAGCUGUGAUCCUGGCUCCUGUCACCCUGGGGGCCGUAGGUUUCACCUCGGCUGGAAGCUGCAAUUGCUAA